CCGUGCAUUUUUGGUUGAUUUCCGGUUUCUGUCAACACGAAAAAUUUGCAAAGAUGAUGGAAAUAAACCUUACUCGUGUUGACUAUACUCAGGUGGGAGUAACCUCUCGAAAGAGUUUGCGCCUUCUUCCAAUUGCUGGUAAAACACAAAAGGCAGCUGUUGCCGACCACAAAGGAGUGUUGCAGCUGUUUGGUGUGCGAAAAGGAGAAGUGCAACAAGUAUUCAAGACCAACCCUGGACUGAAGAUAAGCCGUUUGGAGCUAGGAGGGCCAGUGGAUGGGGUCAGGGAGAGGAUCUUCACAGCUUCUGGACCAGAGGUGAAGGGAUAUACCAAGAAAGGGAAAAACUUUCUCACGUUUGACUCAAACAUGUCAGAGGGAAUUGAGUCCAUUUAUGUGGAGGGAGCAGACCUAUUCUGUUGCGGGAAGUUUAUGUACAACCACUACCAUGACUGUAAGGAUACAAACUUCUUCUUGAGUGGAGACCAAGUGAAUGAUGUCAUCUGUUUGCCCAGUCUGCUAGUGUCCCCACUAACACCUGUUCUGGCAUGCCAAGAUAGGGUUCUUCGUGUUCUCCAGGAUUCCGAGUUGUUAUACGAGGUUGAGGUCCCAGGUCCCCCUGUCACUCUGUCACUGUAUGGAAAUGAUGCUGGUGAGGAUGGAACUGAGCUGCUGUUUGGGACAUCAGAUGGACGAGUGGGAUUAGUCCAGAUUGGAAGGGAUUGCCCCUCUCACCGCUGGGAACUUCCCAACGAGAAACGCAAUGGAGGGGUUCUGUGUAUUGACAACUAUGACAUUACUGCGGAUGGUGUCCUUGACCUCAUCGUAGGUCGGGACGAUGGUCUUGUCGAAGUUUACAGCUAUGAUGACUCAGAUGAGCCAAUACACAGACACACACAUACCUGUUCAGAGAGUGUCACAUCUGUACAGGGAGGCAUCCUGGGUAGUGCCGGAUAUGACGAGAUAGUCUGCACCACGUAUGCAGGUUGGGUACUUGGGCUGACGACAGAGCAGCUUACAAAGGCAAUGGGACCAACCGAGGUGAUCACAUCUGCGGUAGCCGUUCAGAAAAUCUCAGGGCUCAAGACAGACCUAGAGCAACUACAAAACAAGGUUAUGGAGGAACGAGAGAAAUACCAACACACGGCUCAGAGUAACACUGCAAUAUCCGCAGUACCGACUUUCAAUAUAAAUGACAAGUUUGUACUCAAUCGGGAGGACGCAAGCUACACACUUAGUCUUGAGUUGCAGAUGCCGAUUGAUAAUGUCCUUCUGCAGAGUGAUGUACCCAUUGAUCUACUGGAUGUGGAAAAGAACUCUGCUGUGGUCAGCUACAGUGCAUGCUCCCCUGAGGAAGGGAACUUCCUGUUAGCAACAUACCGUUGCCAGGCCAACACAACUCGGCUAGAACUUAAGAUCCGCUCUAUCGAGGGCCAAUACGGGACCAUACAGGCCUAUGUGACUCCCCGCGUCCAACCAAAAACAUGCAAAGCUGAGCAAUACCAGAUCAAACCACUGUCUCUCCACCAACGAACACAUGUGUUUGAUGACCAGAGGCCCCACAACACGCUGACAUUGACAGGUCAGUUCAGCCAAGCAGAGAUGCAUUCCUGGGUGUGCUUCUGUCUCCCAGAGCUCCCAGAGAAAACGCCGCCUGGUGAUGAGGUUCAGUUUCACUUUACAUCUACGUUCCUUGACACACAGCUGGAAUGCUCUUACAGUAAGGGUUUGGCAAAGUUCCGGUCUGACAACAUCUCCACUAUCUCCAUCCUGAAAGAUGUCCUCACCAAGGAGGCUACUAAGAAGAAAGUCAGGCUUGACAUCACUUAUGAAGUAAAUGAUGACUCUAUUCCCUACACUCUGAACCUGAUUCAUCCCAAACUGGAGUACCAGCUUCUCCUGGCCAAGAAGGUCCAGCUCAUUGAUGCUCUCAAGGAGCUUAGUGUACAUGAGAACAGUACAGAUUUCUUGUCACCGGAGUAUCGUCAGAUCCUAUCAGACUCAGACCAACUUAAACUAGAAUAUAAGCGCCAGCCCUGUCACUUGGAAAGACUCUAUGGAAUGAUCACAGACCUGUUUAUUGACAAGUUCAAGUUCAAGGGUCAGAACAUGAAAGGACGUGUGCCAGCUCUGCUGGAGGUCCUUGACAACUAUGAUCUGCAGACCCUUGUACAGUUCUUUGAGCAGAACUAGGGAAAGAAAAAGGACACUCUGAUGUGAAUUUGAACAAACUUUCUUUGAGGCUAGAAAUAGUGGAAGACUAAAUAAUGACAUAGUCUUAUCUGGAAGUCUUAUGCUACAGUUGUUUUGUAUUUGCUCUCUGUUUACAUGUAAGUAAAUGGUAUACAAAUUUGGGAAAAACUUUGAAAAAACAUCAACAAUAAACAUUACAAACUUACUCGAUUAUAAUAUCUUAGCCUGUUCAAAAACUUAUUUCUAGUGUAACAUGAUAUCCACAUUUACUUGUACUUCUUGAGUUUCUGUCCUUGUUAUAAGUGCUUAAUUCAUAGGAAAUAUUUUGUUGUGAGUGAAUUGUCAUUAUUUAAAAGAAUGGUCAAGAUAAUUAUUUACCAUACCUAUUUAUUUUAUAUGAGAAUACUUCCCAAGCUCUUAUGUAAGAUGUUACUGUUAAUGUGAUAAUAAACAUUAACGUAAAUGUAUGUUAUCAUUAACAACACUGUAUAAAAAAAUAUAUAUAUUUCAAAGAUUUCAUUACCAUUAUAUCUACUAGUUUUCAAUAUGUUCAACAAAUUGUGGUUUAUUCAUUUUUCCUACUAACCUAUUUAUUAAUAUUAACUUUGUGUAAAAGGUUUAAGUUAGGUCUUUAAAUUACAUUAUAUUGAAAUAUAUGUUGUAUUGUGAUUACACUGUGAUGCAAGAAUAAAUCAUUGAA